CGGCGCAGUGUCGGUACGAGAAUAACGAAGGCCCGCAGGCAGGCUUUUUCGCUACGACAGGUUUCGCGGUCAGUACAUGUAUGGGGAGCGUUGUGGUGCUUCAGCCCCCAUCUUGCCACGGAAAUGUACAUCCUGAGGGGCUGCUAGAUGGGACACUGCCAAUACUUUAACCGUCUCUGAGAUUGACGGCCAAAAAAAAAAGCCUGAAAGUCAUGCGAUAAUUCUCAUCGAUCGCAUACGCCAAAUUCACCGUCGCUGCAAGUACACCCAUUGUCGCACAGUCCAGUGCAGCGUUUCGUCAACAUGUCCAAGCCCCAACCGGAGCUCCAAGGUCCGCCCCUGAAGCCGGGGCGAUACAUCAAGAUCUCUCUCUUCCUGAAGCGCAAACCCGAUGUCACAGAAGAGUACUUCCACGCAUAUUGGCUUCACAACCACACAAACCUGUUUCUGGAGGUCAAGGCCUUCAAGGAGCUGGUGAGGAAGUAUAAUCAGUCGCACUACAUCAAGGAGCUGGCCGACAUGAACCAGGAGAUCUUCGUGAACGCCCCGCGUGUCGAGUUUGAUGGUGUUGCUGAGUUCUGGAUGGACAGCAUGGACGACUGGCGGAAGCUGUGGAAUGACGAGGAGUUCACUCGGGUGCUCAAAGGUGACAGUGAUUACUUCACCAUACUGCCUCUGCAUGCGACUGCUGGGUACGACUACCUGUUUAAGGACGACACAAACGAGGUGUAGUCAAUCUGGAGUCGAAGAGUGGAAGAAGUGGCGGCAUGAUUGAGCGACCGAGUUUGAGAUUGCGAGACUCUGCCGUUCAGCCAUUCGGUCUCAAAGGAUCUGGAUAUGAUGUCGCCUCCAGGUCAUCAUAUAACAUUCGAACUUGACAGUAUGCUAGGAAGAUGUAGGUUAAGCAUAUUGUGCGACCAAUGGGUUGGUGAUCUCCAAGUUCCGGAAUU